AUGCUUCGUGAUAUAUCAAAAUCACACAAGAUUCUUAGUAUUCAUGCUGAAUUACAAAUAAAUGUGGAGGAUCAUUCUAAAAAUCCAUAUUAUCGUAAUGUUACAAAAAGAGAUAUAUCAACUGCUCCAUUGGUUCCUUUACUUCCUGGACAUUGUGUUAUUGGAAAGUUUGGUGA